ACAAAAUAAAAGAAAAUCCUCCAAGGGCGGGCCUCUCCCCCCUUCCUUCCUGGAUCCGCCACCGAUCGACCCCCUCCCCGACCUGCAUCUCGCAGGCUCCGCACCGGGCUCUGCAAUACCAGCAUAUACGAGGAAGAUUUUGAAGACCAAUAAAAGUUGUCUAGUUGCAAAGACUAUCAUAGUGUGAGUAAAAGGCCACAUCUAGCCACACCCGUGCGCUCAAAACAUAUUGGAAGGAGAUAAUACGUUGUAGCAUGUAAUGCGUAUUGCUACACACAAAUCCGACGUACAAAGUGUAUGGGCUGUUAACUACACAAAGGGCGUAUACUAGGUUUUGACAAAAGGUCAAAUUAACCGCUUUUGAGCCGAGGAUUGCAUCCUUAUCACCAAGAGAUGAAUCCUCAGCAUAUCCACCAGAACAUGGGCUACUUGCCCCUGCUAGCCGAGGAAGGCUUGAAAGUAGUCAACAGCUACCAGGGCAGUGUCCACCUCCCUCCGGACGACUAUCACCAGCCGCAGACCUCAGCCCAGCAGCAUUACAUGCCCCACUAUCAGGUCCCGGGAGAUGGGUAUCCUCACCACCACCACCAUCCCCAUGAUCGGAUGCAAGGCAUGUACAUAGGACCUCCAGGGAUUGGAGGACCAGGAGGAGCAGGCAGCAGUACCAGUGCUACAGAUGACAUCAACUUGCAUAGCUUUGAUGAUAACAGGGGAGGGCUGGUGACAUUCAACCAACCGCAGUACCUCCCAAAGACGACCGCCCCUCUGCCAGCUGAGCCUAAACCUAAGGAAAGGUCCAAGAAAAGCAAAGGUGGGCAGCCUAAGAAGAGGGCUCGGAACCCAGGGGCCUGGAAGAGGAACACCAACAAGAGGUUGCGUAAUUCAGGGCAGCCGUAUAUCAAUUCGAAUGGAUGCGUCAUGCCAGCUCGGAAGAUGAAGGAGUCGUGUAAGAACUGCAGGCAGCGAUGUCCUGAGAGGAUCAGCGAGGAGCAGAGGCAGGAGAUCUUUGAUGAUUAUUGGCAUAGUAACAAGGACUGGACCUACAGACGAAUGUACAUCAUCGAGCAUGCUUUGCCUCAGCCUAUUCAGAGGAGGCGAUCCAAGAGGGAUAUGGAUCAGAAAGCUCGCAGAAUCAGCUUCCAUUACCAUUUGACUUGCGAUGGCAUCAUGGAGAAGGUUUGCAAGAGAUUCUUUCUCAACACCCUUGCUGUUGGAGAAAAGUUUGUCAUCAUAUCACUGCAUAAAAAGACAGUUGAUGGGAAAGUGAUACCUGAUAGACGAGGAAGGCAUCCAGCUGCGAACCAAAUCCCCUACGACAUGAAGCAAGAGGCAAGGAGGCAUAUCCAGCUGAAUAUCUUGAACAGACCGCAGGAACAGGUCAGCCUUCCCAAGAUGUAUGACUCGUAUGUUCAGGAGUGCGGGAUGCAACAGAGAACAACGGUUAAGAAGCACUUCUAUCGUAAGCUCAUGAAUGAAGAGCUUAGGAUAUCUCAGCAGAGAUUAGAGGGACCAGAUGAAGUGCGAAAUGAAGAGCGCCCUCUGGACUACACUCCUACGCCACAAGUCAGUGCUCUUGAGUGCCUAAUCAAAGAGCUCUGGCAGAAAGAACAAGAACGUAUCCGCAAUACCAAACCAAAAUGCAGCCUGAAAGAUAAGUUGAAAGAGUACCAUGCCUUGAGAUUUGGGGGAAAGGAGUAUGUGAACUUCAAAGGGCAAGUUAGGCCAUCACGGAAGAUGAAAGAGCCUUGUGAGAAUUGCCAGAAAGCUUGCACAGAGCAUAUCACAGAAGAGCAAAGACAAAGCCUAUUUAACAACUUCUGGGAUCCUAAUAAAGACUGGACAGAAAAGAAGAAGUAUGUCCUCAGCUGUACAGAAUCAAGGCCUGUCAUCAAAUCUAGGAUAAGACUUAAGAGGGGUAGGGCUGCAACAAGGUUCGGCAGGCCUCACAGAUUCACUUAUUUCUUUGAGGUGGAUGGUAAGAAAGUACCCGUUUGUCGCAAGUAUUUUGUCAACACCCUUGGCCUUAGUCAUAAUUUCAUAGCUUCUUGCAUUGCAAAGCAGGAUGAAAAUGGUGAUUUUGAUCCAGCCAAGAGGAAGAAGUCUGGAACUCUUGCCAAGUUACCCCCUGCUGCAGCCAAAGAUAUCAGACAGCACAUCAUCUACAACUGCUGGGCAGAUCCAAAUAAGGGUAGAGAGUAUCAGACCCAUUCUUCAACCAGAGGAUGGUCAUGGAACGUCUCCAAGAUGUAUGCUGCUUAUCGUCAGUGUUGUUGGAUGCGAGGCACAAAGCCUGCAAGCACUUACAUGUACAGGAGGGUGUUCUGCGAGGAAAUGAAAAUUUUUGAGGAAUGUAAAAUGUUGACAGCAAGCAAUCCGAGUUCAUCCACCAGGCUUGCUGGGAAGAAACAGGCAGAGAGUAAGUCUGGGAAGGCAGCCUCAGGUUCUUCAAUGCAAGCAACAGCUCAGGAAUCACCUGCCACUACUUCUUCUGCUGAUGGUCCAGAGGGUGACAUUCUGGAUGAUCAAGAUGAAGUGUCUAUGGAACCUACAGAUGCAGAAAAUGAUAAAGACUAUCAACCGUCAAGUGAAGAAGAUUAUGAUGAAGAUGAUGAUGAUGAUGAUGAAGAUUACACACCACCAAAAAGGAAGGCUCAGGUUUCUGCUGGUCCUCACUGCUCUGUGCCCAUAAUGCCUCUCGAACAGAUGCCAGGAACAUAUGAUGGGGAAGAGGACUGUGCAGAGGAGAAGGAUGAACAGCUUGAAGAUUUUCCUUCAACCUCUGGGCAGGUUGGUCAUACCAAACCAAGGUAUCGUCCUAGUGACACAGCCGACAUGCGUUGUGCCGGUCAGACCUAUGUCAAUGACAAAGGCAACGUCAUCCCAGCCCGAAAGAUCAAGGAACCCUGCACAAACUGUCGCAAACAAUGCAUGGAACGUGUGCCUCAGGAGAUGCGGGAAAAGAUCUUCAACAUGUUCUGGAGCAAAGAAAUGCCCUGGGAGAAGAAGCGUCAAUACAUGGAAGACUGCAUUGAAGAGACCGCUGUCAAGAAGCGAACACUCCCAGCUUCUCAGAUGAAGCUGACUCGCAAGGUGCACAUGAAAUACACACUCAAGUUGGGAGACUGGCAGGAGAAUGUUUGCAAACUUUUCUUUCUGAACACACUUGGAAUCAGCCAGAAAUUUGCCAUUGUAUCCCUGAGAAAGCAGAAAGAACGGCUUCUCCAGGAUGUUGAGAUUCCCCCUUUUGAUCCAUCUGAUCCAGUCUCUCUUCCUGAUCCAGCCCCUCUUGCUCCAGUGCCAAGUGAACCAACUCCUGCAUCUACAAAUAAUGCAGAUAGUAGUUUUAGAGAUGUACUUUCCCAUCUGCUUCUAAUCCCUACAUCGAAUAUGUCUUAAUCAUAAAUUCUUCUGUCAGAUGUGUUCAGAGAAUGACUCUGCUAUGUCAUUUGACAGGUUAUUGAGGUGAGAUAUUGCUCUCUGAAAAGCUAAUGCUAUGAAAUAUCAUGUCAACAGUCAUUAAUGGUCAAAUUCCUAAAACCAAUUAUUCAUUGGGAGAUCAGACAAUUUCUACAUGCAAUUACACUCUGACUAAGGCCAUGGAAGCUUUUUUUUUAUGGCAUCUGGUUGCAUGUGACUACAAAUAGUUGGAUUUUCGUCAAAUUUUAUGCUUCUUGUAUUUUCGGCUAAAAAUAAAACCAACUUGAUGUUGGGGUAAACUACUAUAUCUUUUGUCUUUUUAAUAAAAUGGUGGGAAUGAAUUAGUAUAAAAGUUUAUGUUAUUUCCAAGUCUCCAACUUUGGCAACAGUAUUUUUUUCCAUCAGUUGAUUUUUGUCUCGCCUGCAUAGCAGAGCGAGACUAUAGGCGCCGCUUUUCCGACGGCGGCGGCGACGGCAGCGGCGGCGUCAACAUCAAAUCUUAACCUAAGGUUAAGUUUUUGAAAUGACAUCAUAACUUAGAAAGUCUAUGGACCUAGUUCAUGAAACUUGGACAUAAGGUUAAUCAAGUAUUACUGAACAUCCUGCCUGAGUUUUAGGUCACAUGACCAAGGUCAAAGGUCAUUUAGGGUCAAUGAACUUUGACCAUGUUGGGAGAAUUAUUUUCAAAAUCUUAACCGAAGGUUAAGUUUUAGAAAUGACAUCAUAACUUAGAAAGUAUAUAGACCUAGUUCAUGAAACUUGGGCAUAAGGUAAAUCAAGUAUAAGUGAACAUCCUGCUCGAGUUUCAGGUCACGUGACCAAUGUCAAAGGUCAUUUAGGGUCAAUGAACUUUGGUCAAGUUGGGGGUAUUUGUUGAAUUACUAUCAUAACUUUGAAAAUUUAUGGAUCUAGUUCAUGAAACUUGGACAUAAGGUUAAUCAAGUAUUGGUGAACAUCCUGCCUGAGUUUCAGGUCACAUGACCAAGGUCAAAGGUCAUUAAGGGUCAAUGAACUUUGGCCAAGUUGGGGGUAUUUGUUGAAUUACCAUCAUAACUUUGAAAGUUUAUAGAUAGAGUGAAUGAAAUGUGGACAUGGGUGUAGUUGACAAGUCUUAAGUCACCAUUCAAAUGUCAUUUAUGGUCAAUGAACGUGGUAUUAUGUCAUUAUAUGAAUGGUGUUUUUGUGAAUGAUUAUUUUAUAGUAGUUUUCAAAGUUAGCACUGCUGCGAUAUUAAAAUCGCGUAAUGCAGGCGAGACUGCCAGAGGCGUUCCACUUGUUCUUUUUUGAAGGCAAUUCAUCAAGUUCAUAUCUGGAGCUAGGAAGAGAAUGGCCCGAAUUCUAAAGUUCAUUUUUACUUAGAACCCGGUCUACCUGUAUGGUUUGUGUGUGUGUUCGUGGGGUAUUUACCCCAUGCACCAUUAGGGAAGAAGACUAUUUUAGUUGUUGACAGACAUCAAUAAUUUGCUAAAUUGAAGUCAUGAAAAUCACAAAACCAAUUUUCAAGUGAUAUCGAUAUUUCCAUGGCAUUGCUAGUUCAUAAAGCUGAGCAAUUAGAUUUGGGCUGAGUUUUACAAUUGACCAUACCAACAUGUGACCAAUAGAUCAGGCCAAGAUGGGUAGGGGAAUGAUUUAUUUUUAUUUUAAGAAUGCAUGUAAAUAUCUGUUAAGGUAGCAAUGUAUAAAGUUAUAAACAAAUAGUUCCUGUCGCGAGUCUUCGCUGAUUGUGCCAAAUUUUAACAUCAUUCUUGCCCUUUAUUCAUUUGAAUUAUGAGAAACUGCAAUUAAUUUGAAGCCUUCUUCUUAACAUUUUUAAUUCUAUGUUCUAACCAUCUCAAAAUUGUGUCAUGCAUUAUGAUACUGUUUGUCACAGAACUGAGUAUAUUUACCUUAUUCAAAAACAAAAUCUUACAUUUAUUAUUUUGAAGUUCAUUUUCUAUGAAGGGACAUUGUCUUAAUUUUCCUACCUUUCUCUGUUUUUAUAUGAAUUUGGUUUAUAUUGAAAUAUAUGCUCAGUACAUCAUGAUAGUUCACUUUUCUGUUGCAAUAUUAAUGAGCAUAUCUAGAGGUAUGAAUGUGCUUUCUUUCUACACAUUUUGCACUUUUGUAUGAUAUUCUUGAUUCAUUCACUGUUAAUUUAAAGCAUUUAUUAUUCAGUGUACAUUUUAGUCAGAAUGUAAAUUUGCUUUGAGAACAUGUUAAGAGUAAUCCAACAUAUUGUUGUCUUUACACUGACAACCAUCAUGGUAACAUAAAAAAAAAACUUUGGCAGUUAAACUUCUCCAAAGUUCAAAAUCUUGUUUCCUGUAUAGAGGAUGGGAGGCCAUCCUAGAAAAGGCAUAUUUGAAGAUCAGGGACACAUUUUUUUAGAGAGUGUAUUGAUGCUAUGGUAAGCCAGUUAUGUCAUAAUUUGUUCAUCUAGGAGGCGUGCCUGAGCAUCAUACUCCUGAGGUAUCACGUAGGCCUGUGUGUGAAUCAUCGAUUUAACAAACAAGAAAACAGAGUUGUAUUGGUCUUUCCAUAGGUCAAAAACAAAGUUCCAAAAAAAUGAAGAAAUUCAGAGGCACUUUCUGGAAUCGUCAAAUAUUUUUCUUUUGUCUACACAAUUCCUGGAGUAAAAUCAAUAAUGCAAGUGAAAAGCAUUAACUUUUUUUUUCUUACCUACAAAAUGCAGCAAACAUUUCUAUGAAUAUGAAUAUUGAAAAUUGUUUUAUGGAAACAAUGUUUAUAUUACCAGGAGCCCAGAUAAUUACCUGGAAUGUGGGAACCCUGGUUUAUUUGCCUAUCAAGAUUAUGAUUAAUGUUGCCAGUAAUGGCACAAUAUGUCAUCAAGAAGAUCAAACGUCGAGGUGCGAGAUCAAUAUAAUAUUUUAUGUAAAUCAUUAUACAGUCAAUCAACUUGCCUAUCUCUGUGUACGAAUGAGGGUGCAAAUGAUUUCAAGAUAAGGAAUUGUUGCAUUGCUUGAUUCAAGUACUCGGGUUCGAAUUCUUAAACAAGAACAAACUCUAUCAAGAGAGGACUGAUUGAAAUAAUGAGUUGUUCAAGGUCAUAAAUGAUACAUUAAUAUUUUUCUUGAAUUGUUAUUUUUUUAUUUAUGAAAAGAGGUCUGUUCCUAUCCUUGUAAUGAUCACACAUUUCUUUCAAGUAAUGGGCGGCAAUAUGGGCCAAGACCAAUCAAAUUUUAUUUAAAACCAAGGGAAAAAAAGGAAAAGAAAGAGAAAAGGGUGAAAUAUGAUCUCAUACUUUGAAAAAAUUGAUUCUCAUAAAAAGAAUAAUAUUUUCUCUCUCCCUACUCAAGUUUGUCCCAUAUGCCUUAUUUUGCCCCACAAAAUAUUUGGCUAGUUACGCAACCAUUGUACAUUUAAUACAGCCUUAAGAGAGCAUGACCUACAUUUUCAUGAAGACAAUCAUAAUCUCAGAAAUUAUUAUAUUUAUUGUUAUAUGUUUUAUCUUGCCAUAAUGUAAAUAUGAAUCAUAUUGUUAUUUGCUUCCUUUCUGAUUUUUUUUUCUCUCUGUAUAUCUAAUAUGCUAUAGCGGUUUCUUUCAUACGAUGCUAGAAGUGUAGAUGAGUUUCUUUGAGGGAACAGAUCAAUUUGUCUGGUGGAAAAUUCUUAUAAUAAAAUAUUCAUAUCUGAAUGUAAUAA